UCGGGGCCCUUAUAUACAUUUGGCUCCUUUUGUGUUAUUAUUUUCCCAUACAAGUGUGAAAUAAAGAAGCCAUAGGGUAGGUGCACUUUGCUUCCUCCUCCUGUCCUCAAAGAAUGCCCGCCGAGAAAACGAAACUAAAACGACGCGCCAGUCGCCGAGAAGUUGACGAGUUCAAAUUCGACGGUACCCACGCACGGGAGCUAGAGCAGAAACGGAACCGAGAUAAUUAUCAGGUCUCGUGUGCCGAGUGUCGCAGGCUCAAGAUAAAAUGCGACAAGCAAAUCCCCUGUCAGUCUUGUCAGCGGAGGGGCUGCGCCGCGCUAUGCCCUAAUGGUAGUCUGGCAACUGGGCAGGGCACACGUUUUGUUCUUGCAGCUACGGAGCACCUCCAUCGCAGAAUCGCCAAGCUAAGCGGCAGAAUACGACAGUUAGAGGAUGCCCUUUCGUCGCUACAUUCGCAGCAUUCAACCGACCGGCACCCACUCUUACAAGACGAGCUCAUCUUCAAUGAAGAACAUACAGCAGAAGAGAACGGUGCCUCAGAUGAUGCUACGGCACAACCACCCGCAGAUGUCAUUGACGCGUUCGGAACACUGUCUAUCUCUGACCACGGAAUAUCACGGUUCUUUGGGCCCACGGGAGGGUGUGAGAGUCUUUUGAUAGCCUCGUCACAAAUCUCUCCGAGCAGUAGCGCCCCCAGCCCCGGCUCGAAGCAUGCCUCAGUCAGCCCUACCAAUUCUGGCCACUCGACCGAUUUCUCUCUUUUCUCGCAGUCUUUCCCUUUUACUCCGAUGGGUCGAUCCGAAGACGUUCAAGAUAUGAUUCGUACCCAUCUACCUCCUUGGGAACGCGCUCAGUCUCUCGGAGAAACGUAUUUUGAGCAGGUGGCCUGGAUAUUCCGAGGUGUUACCCGUCAGCAGCUCAUUGACGACAUGCUACCUGCGAUAUAUCGCAAGCAAUCUUCUGAAGAGUUCGGUGGCCCGCAUGAUUUAUCUCUUAUCUUUAUGGUCUUUGCCAUUGGUGCACUCGUGGAAAACGAACCCUCAACUGCUCACGCUGAGCAUUACCAUCAAAUCUCGCGGGCGGCUAUCUCCCUACAGCCGGUGUUAGAAAAGCCUUCUAUUGUCACUAUCCAGUGUCUACACCUUAUGAGCAUUUAUAAUGCUAUGAGUGGGAGUGAUACCACUAGCGAACCAAAUAUGGAGAUGACCUGGUCUCUCAUUACUCUGGCUGCUCAUCUAUCUCAAACGGUCGAUCGAGAUAGUGAGCGCUGGGGUUUGCCAGCGAAGAUGGUCCAACGUCGCCGAAUAUUAUUUUGGGAUCUCUUCGUCGCAGACGUAUGGCAGAGCCUCAACACGGGAAGACCGCCGUCAUUUUCUCUCGCAUACAUCGACUGUAGUUUUCCCCAAUAUGAUGAUCAAAAAGAUGGUGGUUCGCCUGGCUGGGAAUUUGAAAUCUGGCAAUUCCGUUUCGCGUCCGAGUGUGUUGCGGAAGUAACCGCACGGACAUUAACUGCCGAGGCUCCCAGCUAUAAUACUAUAAUGGAACUCGAUCGGAAAGUGCGCGAAUUUCCAUUGCCAACAGGAAUGGCAGAGAAAAACGAUCUUGGGGCAUCAUUUCAACGCUGCGUCCUCGAUCAUAUACGUGAAACGGUUCUAAUGUAUAUUCAUCGAAGUUUUUUCGCCCAGGCUAUUAUUGAGCAGCCUGUCAAUCCUCUUAAAAGUACCUACGCUCCAUCUUUUUUGGCAGCCUAUCGCUCCUCAGCGACGAUACUUAAAUCCGUUCGUGAACAAUUCACCAUGUGGCCAAAUUCAUGCGCAAGGUUCUGGACCAUGUGGACUUUCGCUUUCUCAGCGGCUGUGGUUUUCGGUACCGUGGUGACCAGAGGCCCCAGGUCCCCCCUGGCUUCUUCUGCCAUGACGGAGCUUGAACAAGCCUGCAUCCUCUUCUCGAAGGCGGCUACACAUAGCAGGCGAGCUGCAAAAGCACUCCCUAUCCUCGUUAAGCUUAGUGAAAAGGCACGACAUGCCCUGGCUGCGGCCCAAAAUGAACCCAUGCCCCUUUCUGUUGAUAAAGACGGUCUUUUGUGGAAUAUCAAGCAAGAAGACGCGGAUGACGAGCUGUCUAUAUUCGCAGGGCACACUCGGUUCGUUUCUGCCAAGAGACCGACGAAGUCAACGAGGGAUUUUGAGCCUAGUGCACCUUUCUCUCAGUUCUCGAAUGUAGGCGAUGGUGCUCAGCUUACCUCAGUACCAUCGAUGUCUGGAACUCAGGUUUGGUCUAGGCAGAGCACCCAGCGUCCUCCGCGGGAAACAGGGUAUAUCCCUGCAGCUGACCGCAGCCUUCAGUAUUCCUAUUCAUACGACCGGAGUCGUCCAGCUCCGUCCGAUCCUGGAUAUGGAUAUCCGUCUUCUUACCGAAGUACCCAGUACAAUCCACCCUCGCAGUUCCCACAGAUGUAUCAGCCGCCUUUUGGUUCCAAUUCCCAACCCAGCGUCCAACCAGGCAACCCUGCACUAGCCGAUUUGGGUUUAGCGGCGCGGGAUUCGCGACUUGACGAACGAUGGAGUUCGUUUAUGCAAGAUUCAGGUUUACUCGACGAUGUUGGGUUUAGGGGCCAUUAGUAUGACCACUGAUGAAAUUUUAUGGACACAAGUAGUUGAUAAAUUAGGUCUUGCAUAAUAGUCUUGCUUUCGUGUUUGUAUUUUAUUUUGUAAAUGGAAGAAUGAACAUUGGUAGAGCUGAGAAGAA